AGUCUCAUAACAGCAGGCAAAGCAGUAGAAAUAGGAUAGGAAAAGCAAAAAGACCUUCAUUAGUUUUAAACCUUAGAAGAUUUAUCGUUUAGCCCCUACAGGUUUUAGCAUUGCAAAACCCUAACAAGGAGAACAAGAAAAAGGACGAUAUGUGUGGAAUCGCCUUGAUAAUAUCUGGCAUUCGCAUUGCAUUAGCAUCACCAGAUCCUAAGGUCGAGCCAGUAAGCAGUUCAAAUAUUGUAAUUUCUAUAAAUGACCUUAAAUUAGCUCUCCAGAGACGAGGUCCUGAUAGCUUAGGUAGCAAAAAGCUCAUAAUUUCUGCUAAAGACCAAGAAUUAUUCUCUGUGAUCAAGGAAGAGGAUCAUAAUUCUGCAAAUGAAGAACCUUGCUUGCAUUUUGUUGGCGCUACAUUGCAGCUUAGAGGAUUAUACCCCGUAACUCAGCCCUUUCUAGAUUCUUCUAAGAAUAUACUUAUUUAUAAUGGUGAAAUAUUUGGAGGAAUUCAUGUCGGAAGUGAUAGUAAUGAUGGUGAAAUGCUUAUGAGAACUUUGGGAAGUUGCUGCUCAUGCAGUUCUUGUGAACAUAUUUGCUUUAGUAGUCGAAAUGACAAGAAUUAUUCUGUUUUAGAUGUUCUUUCAGCAAUCAAGGGACCAUGGGCUGUUAUUUAUUGGCAGGAUAGUUCAAAAACCUUAUGGUUUGGUAGAGAUGCGCUUGGUAGGCGGAGCCUACUUGUUCAUUGGCCAACUGUGAAGGUCCCGCGAUUUCUGCUGUCUUCUGUAUCGCCAUUUUCUUAUGUUGAUGGAAGUUCUGAUCUAGAAGUUGAAGAGAGCACCAAACCCAAUUUCUGGGAGGAGCUUCCUUGUGGGGUAUAUAGUUUAUCAGUAGCCACUUCGACAGUGAAUGGGUGUCUUGCUGGUGAAGUCAAAAAACAUGAAUGGGCUAGUAGCACACUAACGGAACUAAUUAAGUGGGAGAGAGUUUCUGUUGAACCUAAACCACAAGACUUAAAUUUUUCAUGUGGGCCUGAUCAAACCUCAAUUUUAGUGCCAGCUCAGAAUGUGUUAGGUGCUCUAAGAAAAUCAGUAAUGCUUCGAACAUCAUUGCAUGCAAUUUUUCAGGCAGGAACAUCUGAUAGCGGAAAAGAGGAACAAGUUCCAGUAGCAGUCCUGUUUUCUGGUGGAUUGGAUUCUAUGAUCCUUGCAGCAUUAUUGGACGAGUGCCUGGAUCCCAGCUUUGGAAUUGACUUGCUUAAUGUGAGCUUUGAUGGGGAGUUUGCUCCUGAUAGAAUCUCUGGCCAAGCAGGAGUAGAGGAACUCCGAAGAAUUGCGCCAAUGAGAAGGUGGAAGCUUGUAGAGAUUGAUGCUGAUUUAUCAAAGUUAACUUUGGAAAUGAAGCGUGUUAUGUCCCUCAUUAACCCAGCUAAUACCUAUAUGGACUUGAAUAUAGGAAUUGCUCUAUGGUUGGCUGCAAGUGGUUAUGGUUGGGUUUCUCAAGGAACUAGCAAUAGCAAUGGUAAGAGUCAUCAACGUUAUAGGCACAAGUCCAAGGCAAGGAUUGUCCUGGUUGGCUCUGGUGCUGAUGAGCAGUGUGCUGGUUAUGGACGGCAUAGAACAAAAUAUAGAUGUGGAAGUUGGCUUGGGCUCCAUGAGGAAAUGAAGUUGGACAUGCAGAGGAUAUGGAAACGAAACAUGGGUAGAGAUGAUAGAUGCAUUGCUGAUAAUGGGAAGGAGGCUAGAUUUCCUUUCUUGGAUGAAGAUGUUAUCAGGACUCUUCUUGAUAUUCCUUUGUGGGAGGUUGCCAACCUUAAUCAACCAAGUGGAACCGGUGAUAAGAAGAUCCUGAGAGAGGUCGCAAGAAUGCUUGGUUUACAUGAGGCAGCAGUUCUUCCUAAAAGAGCAAUUCAGUUUGGCUCUAGAAUUGCAAGGGAAUCCAAUAGGAAGAAUUUCGGAAGUAAUCGGGCGGCAAACCAGGCAUCUGCCGGAAGUGUAGUAGUAAACAUGCCAUAAAUUGCCGUCUCCAAGGGAUCCUACAACUGUGGCCAGCGUGUCUGGUUUUAGAACAAUGGUGUCCCAGUUCCUGACAAUGGCGGUGCAAGAGCAAGGCAGCAUGAUCUUCUUUGAGUAGCUUUCUGUUAAGCGGCCGGUAGCGAGAAGCUGAGUUGGUGGGUGGUGAUGAUGGGCUAGCACUUUUGUAAUAGGAAUGAAUUAUUUCACUUUGAAAUUAGAUGUGUUGAUACAAUGAUUUAAAUCACAAGUUUAUAAUGCACAGGAACUGGUGACAGAAAAUAAUGUAAUGGGUGAUUUUCUUUUUAAA